AUGCUUCAGAUAAGACUCACAACCUACUACAUCAAAGAAACACAGAAAUUAGUCAACAGGUUUAUGUGGGAUAAUAAAAAACCCAGAGUGGUGGCAUCCACUCUAUAUACCCCUUCUAAAAAAGGAGUGAAGGGCCUAACUAACCUCACUACAUAUUACACAGCAAUUAAGCUCAACCCGCUAAUAAUGGCCUUUCAGAUAGAAGCCACACACACAGGGGGGCAGGACAUUGCAUCACUGAUGUGGACCCCACAACAUCUUAGGCAGAAAUAUCACCACAUUAUGCCUACAACAUCCAUAACUCUAUUCAUAUGGUACCGAACCACAAAACACACAAAUCACAGUAUUUCCCAUGCGAUGCCAAUAAAAGCGUUAGCAACCCUCAUACCAGACUCCAACACUACAGUAUGGACCUCGCACAGCAUUUCCUUUCUACCCCAGAUGAUCCACAAGCAUGAUCUCUAUUCCUUUGAACACCUGCAAAAUACGUAG